AUGUUGGAAACUGAGACUAUUAUUAAUAUGGGCUUUCUUCUUCAUAACUUACACAAUCAAAUUUUCGAAUUACAACAAAAACAAUUUGGUGAGUAUCAUGCAAAACCUUUUUAUGUAUACAGAGGACAGGGUUUAUUGAAAACAGAUUUUGAGAAACUGGUGGCAGCUAAAGGUGGACUUUUAUUUUUUAACAACUUUUUGUCAACAUCGAAUGAUACAGACGUUUCUGCGAUACUUGCUGAAAGUAUUUCGGUUGACACGAGCAAAGUCGCCAUCCUGUUUAAAAUGUUUAUCGAUCCAUCCGUUUCCUCUACUCCAUUCGCUUCGAUAAAGGGUUACACUUACUUCAAAGAAGAAGAAAUCCUCUUCUCCAUGCACACAGUCUUUCGUGUAGGUGAAAUUAUUCAAAUUGAUACAGACAAACCAUUUUAUCAUGUAGAACUUACAUUAACUUCAGACGACGAUCAAGAACUACAAACUCUUACGAAAUGUAUCCAAAAGGAAACUGCCGAUUCUACUGGAUGGAAACGAUUGGGACACUUAUUGCUUAAAAUAGGUCAAUAUGACAAAGCUGAGCAACUCUACAAAACACUGGAAGUAGAAACGUUGGAUGAAAAUGAAAAAUCACGUUAUUAUAAUCAACUUGGAACCAUUAGAAAUCAUCAAAGUGAUUAUCAAAAGGCUACAUUAGAUCGAGCUCAUCGAGUUACCUAG